AGUUACGAUUGAAAAUUCAGGCAAUAAAUGUCAGAAAAUUAGAACUUCCUUCAGUUGAGUGUAAUGACCUGCUGGCAUGACUGACGUGGCGCGAUGGGCGGAGUGAGUCAGAAUGAAUUGUCUCCAGAGGAGAGUAUGUUGAUGGCCAAGCACGCUCUGCUGGAGAAGAGAAAGAAGGAGCUGGAAGAACUACAGGCCAAGUACAGACUCAUGCAGGAACAGCAAAAGAGAUCCAACCAGAAGCUGGCUGCUUGCGAGACUCCAAGUGAAGCUACAGAGAUCGCCAAGAAAUUGGCUGCCAGUGGUCAGUUGAUCACGGCCAAAGGAAGUGGUAGUCGUACAGGGGGGUUCAAGCGGACUGCGAGGGCCCUGAAGACCCCAGAAGAUGAGCUGAAAGAGUAUCUGAAGGAACAGACAGAGAAAAGUCAGGAGAAUGAAGAAGCUGUCGGAUCCUUGCUCAAACAAGACGUGGCUGAGGAGAACGUGUCGUUGACCCCUAAGACUGCUACGAAACAGAAGUUCAGCUCGAAGAGGCCCAAAAUGGAGUUUGUGAAGGGAAAGAAUCUGGAGGACGAUGACUGUCCUCCGAAACCAACCACUACUUUCAAACCAUUGCAACAGCGAACAGACACCAAAUUUAAAGACCCAGAUUCAGCUGAGCUGCAAAAUAUUGAGACUGCAAACGAUAAACCGUUCAGCCAGAAGGGAAACACGAUCUUCAUCAAGAAUUUAGGAAUGACUAAGACACUUGCAAGGAAACUGUGUGUACCAUACGGCGAAGUAAUCGAUGUCACUGCAGACAAGUCUACCCGUUGUUUCGUUACGUUCUCUUCAGUGCAAGCAGCCGAAGUUGCGAUAGAAAAACUAGACGGGCUCCAGCUCACAGAAGAGAUAGUGGGGGAGGAACUUGUUAUACUUGCGAGUUUGCAAAACACGAUACUGCGAGUGUAUUACGCCAAGAAACAACGACACAUGGACAAAGCACAGGAUUUGAAACACGACUGGUCCAGAAUCAGUGCAGCUGUGAAGCCAAUUAAGCAGACAGCAGAAGAAAUCGACAGAACAAAGAAGAGGAAUAUACCUGUAUAUGACGAUGAACCAUUCUAAGUUUAUACUAUCAGCAAGUAACAAUUAUUGUUGGAGUUAAAGUUGUCGCACCUUUCGGAGCCUUGAAAACGCUAGUUUUUGGUGUUGAAUUCUGGAAUUUAGAUGUGGAUCAGCAUUAGAAUAAAGCUUAGAAUUAG